AUGGCAAGUCCAGAUAAAAGUAAAUGGACGAUAUUAAAAGCCAAGAAAACAAUGCCUACAAGUUGCCGGAAGCAAACAGAGAUUCUGAAUAAGUCGAAGAACAUUGAAGCACUGAAAAUAACAGCAAUUGGGAGUAAUGUUCCUGGGAAUAAUGUUCUAAGUAGUAAUCAGAAUUUAAGUACUGGUGUCAUAACUAGCAAAUGUAUACGUUCUGAAGACGUUGCUUCCUCACUGGACUCUACCAGAAAUUCGGUAUUCUUACAGAGCAGUGAAGUAUUCCCUCAGAAUUUAAUUAAACCAUUAGAAGAAAUUGUUAACUCAGAAACAGGAAUGGAAUAUGUUUAUGAACAAGAUGCAUGUCCACAUCAAAAGCCAAGUAAAGCAACAGAUUCUCCCAACAAACUCUUUAUACAAGAGGCAAAAUUUUCAGGAAACACUUUUGAAAACCAGUCUGGAUAUCAGGCAGCUGUAACAAGAUCCUUUUUUGAACUAGAAGAGGCUCUAAAAUCUAUUUGCUCUCAACCCAGUGUACUAAGUGAUGUAAUUCAAAUACCGAAGUCUACAGUAACCAAUACUUUGGAUGAUAAGAGAAUGGACAAGAUGGCUUCCCACUUAGAAACAAAUUUCAACCCAAAGUCACAUGAUAAAAGGCAAAAUUACAAUAUUUUAAGUUCAGACUCAAAUUUUGUGCCUGUUGAGAAAAUACCUCUCUUGGUGAAUUCAGUCAACUCCAUCUGUGCUGCUGAGGUUUUAAAAACUGAAAUAUCUAGUCGGACCUGUCAUUCCAGCAUUUCAAAUUGUGAAAGUAAAGAGGCGACGUGGCAGUUAUCACUUGAUGCUGAUAGUAAUCACAGCCAUUAUCAAAAGAAGAGGAUAUUUUCAGAAAACAAAGAAAAUGUUAAACACAUGAAAACUUCAGAGCAAAUUAAUGAAAAUAUUUGUGUAGCUCUGGAAAGGCAAACAGCAUUGCUGGAACAGGUCAGACAUUUGAUUCGACAGGAGAUCGGUAGUAUAAAUUACAAACUAUUUGAUAAUAAACUGAAAGAAUUGAAGGAACGCAUUGGGAAGACACUGUGCAUGAAUAAACAUGAAGCAAUAGCUGAUGAACUCUUUGCAAAAAUAGCAAAACUUCAAAGACGUAUUAAAACAGUAAGGUUGUCUCAAAGGAAUUGUUUGGAACCAAACAUGCGAUCCAGUAAUACAACCUGUGAGGUCGCAAAUUCAGAAACCAUGAAUUUGAAUAAGAAUUCAGAGUCAUUUAAUAGUCCAGUAGAAAGAAUGACUUCUGUGAACUAUGAACCACCUUCAAAUAGUGAAACAAUUAAUUUGUUGCUGGAUUGUGAUGAUUCUGUUUCUGAAAGGUAG